UCUCCUCCUUCCCACUUUUCAGAUCAGAUCCACACACACACACACUUUCACUUCUGCUUUCACACACACAGUUCCACUACAAACUCAAUAUCACAUCCUCAUUCCUUAACAUUCAUUUCACACCAAAUCUAACUGCAGUAACAAAGAAGUGUUAGUGGUAGAUCUAUUUGUAAAUUUGGUUAGGCCGAAAUGGCCGUGGUCACACGUAACGGCAGAGGCAGCGGUAACGGAUCGGCGUUAUCGUCAGCUAUUAGAAGCUUCUUUAGUUACAGGAUAUUUGUUUCUGCUAUGUUCACUCUUCUUUUCUUUGCCACUGCUUCUGUUCUCUUCUCUUCUCACCCUGCUUCACACCUCCCUCACGAUGACGACAAUUCUGAAAUAUCAACAACUGGAAGGGCGUACAUGCAUAGGACAUUUCUUGCUUUGAAGUCGGAUCCAUUAAAGACUAGGUUAGAUUUAAUACAUAAGCAAGCAAGUGAUCAUAUCGUGCUUGUGAAUGCAUACGCCUCUUAUGCAAGAAAGCUUAAGCUUGAGAUAUCCAAGCAGCUCAAGAUGUUUGAUGACAUGGCAACAAACUUUUCUGAUUUGGGUGUGAAGCCAACUUAUCGCACUUCUUUGUUUGAGGCUAACGGACCUUUGGAUGAGGAAGUGUUGAGGCAAUUUGAGAAGGAAAUUAAGGAUAAGAUCAAGGUUGCCAGGUUAAUGAUUGCUGAUAGUAAGGAAUCUUAUGAUAAUCAGCUGAAAAUUCAGAAAUUGAAAGAUACAAUAUUUGCUGUUAACGAGUUGUUACAAAAAGCUAAGAAGAACGGGGCGUUUGCUAGCUUAAUUGCUGCUAAAUCGACUCCAAAAAGUUUGCAUUGUCUUGCGAUGCGCCUAAUGGGAGAACGUAUUGCGAAUCCUGAAAAAUAUAGAGAUGAAAAACCUAAGCCUGAGUUUGAGGAUCCUUCCUUGUACCACUACGCCAUAUUUUCUGAUAAUGUGAUUGCGGUGUCUGUUGUGGUGAACUCAGCUGUAAAGAAUGCUGAAGAGCCUUGGAAGCAUGUUUUCCACAUUGUUACAGAUAAGAUGAAUCUUGCUGCGAUGAAGGUUUGGUUUAAGAUGAGGCCAGUUGGAGGGGGUGCUUUUGUCGAGGUGAAAGCAGUUGAAGAAUUUACUUUCUUAAAUUCUUCAUAUGUCCCUCUACUCAGACAAAUGGAGUCUGCAAAUUUACAGAAGUUGUACUUGGAUAAUAAGGCAGAAAACGAGACGCAAGAUGUGAAAACCGUGAAAUCUGGGAACCCACAGCAUUUGUCAAUGCUGAAUCACCUUAAGUUUUACUUGCCGGAGAUGUAUCCAAAGCUGCACCGGAUAUUGUUCUUAGAUGACGAUGUUGUAGUCCAGAAAGAUUUGACUGCAUUGUGGAAAGUUGACUUAGAUGGCAAGGUUAACGGAGCAGUUGAGACAUGCUUUGGUUCAUUUCAUCGUUACGGUCAGUAUUUGAACUUUUCCCAUCCUUUGAUCAAGGAUAAAUUUAAUCCCAAGGCUUGUGCAUGGGCUUUUGGCAUGAAUAUAUUUGAUCUUGAUGCUUGGAGGCGUGAAAGACUAACCGAUCAGUACCAUUACUGGCAGGAUCUGAAUGAGGAUCAGACCUUGUGGCAAUUGGGGACACUCCCCCCUGGACUGAUGACCUUUUAUUCAACAACAAAAUCAUUAGAAAAAACAUGGCAUGUUCUUGGACUCGGAUAUAACCCGAGUAUAAGCAUGGAUGAGAUUAAUCAUGCUGCUGUUAUUCAUUUCAAUGGAAACAUGAAACCGUGGCUCGAUAUUGCUAUGAACCAGUUCAAGCAUUUAUGGACUAAAUAUGUUGACAACGAAAUGGAAUACGUGCAGAUGUGCAACUUUGGUCUGUAGCCAAUGAGCACUUCCUCCUUGUGAACUGAGAACCUAGAGGUAAUCAAAAUUGCCUCUAUCCAUUUUGCGUGGCUAUUGCUACAUGUUCUUCAAUUUACUUCUAAAUAGUGUAACGUUAUGAGCCAAGCUCUGCUAGUAUCGCAUUGUUUUAUACACGUGAUAGUUAAAGUGUUAAAAUACCAAGUUGAACCCGUGUGCUGGGGUUACAUACAUGUUAAAUGAUUCUUUGUACGAAUAUCUCUCACUCGAUAAAGUUACGGUACUAGCACUGCAAUCAUGUAAGUUAUUUAUCAGCUUUUAAAUGUUGUAGUAGAUGUAUCUGUACUUAUUUAUAGAUGUUAAAUGUAACCUUAUUGAUGAUGUCCUGUUUAAUAUGAA